CCUCCAGCCCCAGUGUUCCUCCCUACUCUUAGCAGAGGUGGAGGCAGAGGAAACCCAGACAGGUGUCAUGUGUGUAGGCUACGGGCCAUGGGACGGAUGAAAAUAUGAACUGGGCUCUACUCCUUCAGAACGUGCUGGUCACGGUCCAUCUCAGGCAGAUCCUGUGCUACGGUUCUGUUCGGAUCUCGGUUCCAGAGGAGCAGGAGGCUGGGGUCCGGGUCGGGUCCAUCGGGUCCACGUUCCCCCCCCUUUACCAGCUCCUGACCCAGUUCUACCUCAGGGUGGACCAGGAGACAGGGGAAGUCUACACCACCGACAACAGGAUGGACCGAGAGGCCCUGUGUCCUGAACAACCCCAGGCUGGGGAGUGUAUCGUCCCACACGACGCCAUCGUGGGCCCUGACGCAGAGCUGGUGAAGUUCAUGGUAGUAGUAGAGGACAUCAAUGACCACGCUCCUCACUUUGACAACACUGAGAUGCAUCUGAGUGUCUCUGAGGAUGUGGCUGUAGGGACCAGUUUCUUAUUGGACGACCAAGCAGAGGACAGAGACAUGGGACGUAACGGACGGCUGCAGUACCACCUAGAGGGAGCCGGUGGGUUUUUCAGUGUGACAGUAGAAGAAGAAGCAGCCAUUUUGUUUUUGGUUGUGCGACAAGGACUAGACCGCGAGAAGCAGGAUCUUCAUGAGAUGACUGUAGUGGCAACAGACUGUGGUUCUACCCCACUAAGCGCCACAGCAACGUUAUUCAUAAAAGUGACUGACGUGAACGAUAACUGCCCAAAGUUUACCCUGGACAGCACCCAGAAGGUGGUUAUUACAGCGGACACACCCAGAGACACAGUAGUAGCCAGGGUCAGAGCCACAGACCUAGACCUGGGCCCCAACGCUGCCAUUACCUACUCCCUCAGCCCCAAGGUCUCAGAACGGGCCAGGGAACUCUUCAGUCUGAACAGUCACACUGGCCUGAUCAGCCUGAGAGGAGACCUCAGAGACCGCCACAGUGACAGUGUUAGUGACAGGGGAGAGGAGGUGGUGUUGAAAGUGUUAGCCAGCGGCCCCCACUGCCCCCCUGCAGACACUCAGGUAACCGUAUCCCUGCUCCCUGCGCCAUACCAGGAGAAUGGCAUAAAGAUCAGGUUCAUAGCAGAGCAUCAAAACCAGACGAUAGUGUUGCAGGAAAACCAGCCCCCCACUGUCUUGGCUUUGCUAGAGCUACCGGGGGAUACUAGUAGUGUUAGAGGCUCAUCGUAUCUCUCCAUUGAAGGAGAGGUGCCGUUCUCUUUGAGCCUGCAGAAUGGCAAAUACCUCCUGUCGACAUCAAAGCCCUUAGACUACGAGGUGAAGAGUGAAUAUCAUGUUUCUGUAGUGAUGCGUGGUGGUGUUGAAGAGCCUGCAGCUCAGGGCUUCCCCAGGAGAGUGAUCCAGGUUAGGGUGGUGGAUGUGAAUGAUAAUGCUCCACAGUUUCUCCAGAGUCACUAUAUGAUAGACAUAGAGGAGAAUAACCCUCCUGGGGUGUCUCUGCUGAGAGUCAGGGCGCAGGAUGCAGACAGCGGGCAGAACGGGCAGGUCACCUACAAACUGGGUCGACCGUCACACACGGCGGCAGCAAUAGCCCUUUAUAGAAUCGACCAGAACACAGGUCAGCUGACAGUUUCUGUACCCCUGGACAGGGAACAACAGGAUGUUCACAGACUGACAGUUGUAGCCAGAGAUAACGGCUUUCCUCCAUUAGAGUCCUCUGUGAUGGUGACAAUCACUGUCCUGGACCAGAAUGAUAAUGCUCCUGUCUUCCUCACCCCUCACUUCAUCUUCUUCAUCCCUGAGAAUAUACCUCCCCUGUCCCGGGUGGGGAAGGUGGGGGUAUCGGACGUGGACGCAGGGCUUAACGGGGAGGUGGAGGUGAGGGUGGUGAACAGCAGUGUCGGCCCCUUCGUCAUAGACAACGCCCAGGGGACGCUGCGCUGCAUGGCCGAUAUCGACCGCGAGAAACAGGACCGCUACGAGUUAGAUCUCUUCGCCACCGACAACGGACGCCCGUCACCUCUGACCUCCGUCGCCAGGGUAACUGUGUUCAUCGAGGAUGUCAACGACAACCAGCCCCAGGUCAUCCUACCCAGCAGCAACCUGUCGUGUCUCAUCGUCUCCACGGGGACCACCACGGGCACCAUGGUAACCAAGAUCUACGCCAUCGACAAGGACUCAGGGUUAAACUCGGAGAUCACAUACACCAUUGCAGCGCGGGAACCACCGGGCACCUCUCCAUCAUCCCAUCACCACGGUGACAGCAGCAGCAGUCCCUUCCAGCUGGAUGCUCGGUCCGGUAACGUGACCUUAGCCCAGAGACUCAUGGGUAAGGACCUGGGGAUGCACCACCUGUUCAUCGUGGUGACUGACGGUGGGAAACCAGCGCCCCUCCACACCACCGUCUGGGUUAACCUGCUGGUCAACGACACCUUGGAACCAUGCCACCUGGACACCAUGCCCAGAUCCCUGCCCUACAGACUGGCACAGACGCCCUCCGAAACACCCUCCGAGAUGCCCGUCUGCGACAGACACGUUCAGUUGAUCCUGCUGCUAGGCCUGGGCAUGAUGGUGGCCUCRCUCUGUCUGUUUCUGGUGACGGUUGUUUUAUACAUGAAACAGAGGAAGACAUCUAGAGGGGAACCACAGCAGAGGAGGGGGAUAAAUGAGGAGAAUCAGAUUCCUCUACGCAUUUCGGAGAGAUAUUACUCAGGAGAAGAGUUAUAACGAGAGAGAUGCAGUGCUUGUUCUGACUGGACUCUAUAUUAUGAAUUGUUGACGUUUCUUGUAUACCUUUUUAAAAGUAUGAAAUCAGUUCUACAAUUAAAUACAUUUUCACUAUUUUCACACAAAGGAGUCUCUCUCUUUCAAUAUUCUAAGAUGAAAAGCUCUGGUUAAAUGUCUGAUACAAUCCAAUAUACAUUUUAUCAAGCUAACGAAUGAAGGACUGAGGAAGUAAAGGACACCGCUUUAAGGUGAGGUGAUGAAUUAAGGAACAUCAUUGAUAACAACUGAAAGGAACCUUUCUCUCUUCAUUUGCCGUGAGGUUUAUAUGUAAUUUACUUCAGCAAAUUGUAGACUAAAAUUAGCAGUAGAAGCUAACCCAAAGUAAUACAUCCAACAGCAAACAAAACAAGACUGUGUGACUUUGUUUAUAUGCCAAAUAGCACCCUAUUCCCAACAUAGUGCCCUACUUUUGGAAUGGCUCUGGUCAAAAGUAGUGCACUAUAUAGGGAAUAGGGUGUCAUUUGGGACAGAGACUAUAUCUAAAUCAAAAUGUGAGUGAGAAUGAAAUCUGAGACAUUCAAGGAAAUCAUGAACUAGAUAUAUGUGACCUGUCAACAGAGGCAGACAUUGAUGUUAAAUAAGGGAUUCAAAUUCUAAACGUGUCUCGUAUGUAAGUGUGAGAAGAAGAAAACACAAAGUGAAAGUGGUUUUAAUCACAAGAUCUUUAUGUUCCGUUUCCAUUAUCUUUAGCCUGAUCACUAGUGAGAUCUUUAUAUUCUGUUCCAUAUCUUUAGCCUGAUCACUAGUGAGAUCUUUUAUUCUGUUUCCUUAUCUUUAGCCUGAUCACUAGGGAGAUCUUUUAUUCUGUUUCCAUUAUCUUUAGCCUAAUCCCUGGUCAAAUCUUUGUUUGGUUUACAUUUCUUGAGCCUAAUCCCAGGUCAAAUCUUUAUGUUGGUUCUAUUUCUUUAGCCUAAUCCCUGGUCAAAUCUUUAUGUUGGUUUCUAUUUUCUUUAGCCUAAUCCCUGGUCAGAUCUUUAUGUUGGUUCCAUUAUCUGAUCUUCUAUCAGCCGAACACAAAAUGCCUAACAAGACCCGACAUACUUUGAUCCAGUUUUCAAAAGCUGGGAGACAGCUCAAAAUAGAGAAAUAAACCCUCUAUUUCUAUUUGUGCACCAGUUGUUUUUUUCUGUAAGGAAUAAACAACAAAAACAAAACAUGAAAAUUACUUGUGUCCCUAAAUAGACAGUAGGUGAACUGAAUAGUCACUCACUGUAAACCUAUAAGACCAUGAACUGUCUGUGUGGGGUAUCAGGUGU